UACUAAUUAAACACUCUUGUACCCUCUGUAGGAGAAAAGCUAAGAUUUGAAGUUUUGGUGAAAAUCUUAGCUACUUGUAGUGUCAGUGUCAGUGUCAAUCUGAUAUUUAAAGAUUUUAUUAUACACAAUAUACAAAUCAAUCAAUGCAAAAUAUUAAUUAUUAUGUGUUAAACUUCCACCAAAUCUAGAAUUUGUUUGAAAUAAUAGUCGCAAUUUUAAUGUUUUAUAUUAAAACGUCUCAACAUGAAUAAGUUGAGCAUCAGGGCCGUUCUAGGAUAUACUUUAGCCCUUACCACCCUCUCCACAAUAAUAAUUCUGUCUUUGUACCAUGUAUUAACUGGAAAGGGCGAAAGAAUAAGUGUGGGAUGGUUUCUUGCAAAUACUUCGCCACAUAUGUGGUGUUGUCUUGGUAUAGGACUGUCAGUCUCCCUAUCGAUUGUAGGAGCAGCAGUAGGCAUACAUACUACAGGUGUGAGCAUUGUAGGAGGUGGUGUAAAGGCACCGAGAAUUAAAACCAAAAAUUUGGUCUCUGUAAUUUUUUGUGAAGCUGUCGCUAUCUAUGGAUUGAUCAUCGCUAUUGUCUUAUCUGGAUAUAUGGAAGAGUUCACUUACAGCAAAGUUACCAGAGAUCAAUUUUUAUUUUCAAAAAACUGGCUUGGAGGAUAUCUGAUGUUCGGGUCAGGCAUAACAGUCGGAAUGGUCAACCUGUUCUGUGGUAUGGCAGUGGGCAUAGUAGGUUCAGGAGCAGCUCUAGCAGACGCGGCAGAUUCUUCCUUGUUCAUGAAAAUUCUAGUCAUCGAAAUCUUCGGCAGCGCCAUAGGCCUAUUUGGACUGAUCGUGGGCAUCUACAUGGUCUCCAAAGUCCAGAUGGGUGAUAAGAUUCAUUAAAUAGAUGCCAGUAUGCUUUGUAUAGAUUUGAAUAUUUAAAAGGAGUCUAUGAGAUUUUGAAUAAUUUGGAACAUUCUACAAGUGUGGAUACAGUGCUUAAAAUGUUGAAUCAGUACAGUAGCAUUUUAGUUCAGUAAAUUUUUUAUUACAGUAGAUUGGUAAAGGUUUAGGUUAUCUGUGAUCACUUGCAAAUUAAUUAAGUAAUGUUUUUGAUUAGAUACUAUUCGUUUCCAAUAGGGCUUUUCAUUCACAGUCAUUUGUUUCGAGUUUCUGUCAUAUCUCGUAUAAUCCAUGUAUAUUAAUAUUAUACACAGAUUAUACAACAUAUGACAGAAGCUCGAAACAAAUGACAAUCGAUGAAAAGCCCUAUUCAUUAUCUUAAAAUUUCAAAUUUACUACACGCAAUAGCAAGUGACAGAAAGUGGCUACUGCUCCGAUCACGGAUUAUAUUAUAAAAUUUGACGUCAUCAAAUAAAUAGAAUGUAAAAUGUUAAUUUUGGUUUAAAAAGUAUGUAUUCGAUUAAAUUUAAAACGAGUUCUUCUGCUUGUGAGGUAAGAGUUUUUCCAGGCAUAAUCUAAAUAAAGUCAGUAAAAUAUUUUCUGUUUGUCAUUUCUUUCACUUUUGCGGAAACUUAAACCAUUCCUUAACUGUGUGAAUGAGGUUAACAUUGUAUGUAAAUUAAUGGCAAAAUAAAAAACACUUAUCAUACAAUUUCAAACUCUAAUAUAAAAUUAGUUGUGAAAACAACUGUUUGUGUAAUAUAAAUAACUUUUAAAUGCAAAAACAGGACAAAAAAUCCAACAAACUGUCAGCCAUAAGUAAACAAACCAGUAUUGUACUUAAAAUCUGAAAACUGAAAACAUAAAUUGUACUUAAAAUCUGAAAACGUCCCCAAUCAUCCUUUUUGUACCUAUUUUCGAUGUACUGAGUCUAGAGCGUUCAUAAAAAUAACAUGUGUCUUUACUUAAUAACAGGCGGUAGCUGUUUGUGUCUUUAGUUUCAUGCGUGGAAGACAAUGAUGCUAGAUAAAAAGUAUGUGUUUUAUCUCGCCAGGUAUUAAUGAUGCACGGGUAAAGCACCUUGGACUCAACUGUAUACCAUAUGGAAGUAUAAGUGCUGUAUAAUCUUGUACAAAGUAUAAAUGAAAUUGUAGUAGCUUUCAUUAGUUGUUCCUGAGUUUAGUAAUAAUACAAUCUCAUAGACUCCUUUAGUACAUGUACUUAAGAAUAUAAUAUGUUACAUAUAUUAUUUAGACUGAAUAUUGUUGAGUUGAAGUAUUCCAAAUUUUCCUAGAUCUCUUAGUUUUAUUAGUGUACAUGGUAUUUUUUUUUAUUUAAACACUACACAACAAUUACAAAAGUUGUUGUUUCUCUCUGUAUUUUAUUCCCCUUACCAUGAUCACCUAAAUUCUGUUUUGUUCUAGUCUAUUAUACAUAAAUUAUAAUCUCUCAACUAAUUUUGUGAUCAAAUCCAAUCUAGUAGGUACUUAUUAUUUAAGUAAAGAAACUUAUUAUUUCUACCACUGUAGUCUCCUCUGCCAUAGUAUAUCUACCCUCAAAAGAUUGUAGGAGAGUGUCCAGUGUCCACAUUGUGCUUCAAAUGAACAGUGACACUAAUUACGAAGUUGUCUUACCCGAAUUAAUUUGUUUCUAAAUACAAUCAGAGGCUUCACAGCCAAAUCAGAGUUAACAACUAUUUAUCUUCCACAUCAUCUCCCAUUCUGCAGUAGAACACUAUUUUUGAAAAAAAAAACUAUAUCCUUUACAAAAAUUAAUAUUUAUAUCCUAAAAAAUUUGUAAAGCGGUUGAAAUUGGAAUGCAUCCCGAGAGUAUAAACAAAGAAGUCUAUGAAGGUACCAACUGGAACCAAACUUUGCAUAGCCCACCUGAAUGUGCCUACUGACCCGACAGAGGGUAAAAACAACCCCACAUGCGUCAUAUACAUACUACAAGGAUCGAUGUUGAGCAAUUUCGGGUUUUAACAUUCAAACGUCGAAGACAAAUAGUUGAUAAAUCGUGUUUACGAAAGAUUCUUACUUAUUUUUGUAUUCUUUACAUUCCAAAAGUGGUAGAAAUAAUGUCACAAUCCUUGCAUGUAUCGACAAUAAUAAAUAUUACAUGUAUUUUUAUUUUAUACUGAAAAAACUAACCGAUCUCUUAUUAGAUGUAGAUAGCAAAACUUUAUGUUAUUUAUUCCAAAGCGUUUUAUAAUUUGACAAGACUUGGCAGUUAUAAUUUGUGGUAUUUUUUUUAUUUUUUAUAUUUAUUAAAGAUGUUAUUGCAAAAUGUAAUACAGAAAUUUGAUGUGA